AGCCUGCAUUUAAAUAAUUCAGAUAUAAAUAAUGAAAUCAUAAAACUAUGCAAAUGAUUAAAAUGGCAAUAAAUCGAGAUUAUUUUAUAUUUGAGAGGCAACCGCUACUAGAAGAAUUACGGUUAGCACCUGUAUGACGUGAUCCAUCCAUUCCAGCCGCAGCAUAGCGACCGAGCAUGACUACAGGGGGAGAACCGCACACAGCCACUUAAAGCAAAAGACAACACUGGAAAACAAGCGAGAAAGAAACGAAAACCCCCACAAGAAAAUUGCCGGUAUGCUCUGGGCGUGAUGGGAAUACAUCGACAAAACGAGAACAGCGGAGCGCGCUCGUGUGGAGGAGGAACUAACUGUUUACGUUGCCUAUACAACGAGCUUUUGCGCUAACAGGCUAGCAGAGUUGUCGCUAAAACAUGGUGGGACGACCAAAACUCUAGACGGGCACACGUAUUUGGUGUUUCAUGUGACCGUUGAUGCUGGGAAUUAAAUUAUAUUGACUUCUUAUGUGUUCGAACCUCAUUUUAGGGAUAAUAUAAUUGAUCUCAAACUUUAAUUCUGUGUUGAAAACUCUCACGUCCUACUUUCGAAAGGAGUUUUUUUUUACUUUUUGCUCAAGAUCUGCUUUGAAAACAUGAUCGACUGCUUUGAUAAUGCACAAGAAACGAGGAGUUUCUGAUCAUGAACACGACAGCUCUGGGAAAGUUACGAGGAUUCAGAGCAUCACACCCAUCUCGUCCAUUCAUUAAGCACCAUUCACCGGAGAAAACAAUGGUCUAGGUUGCCUGUAGGAGUCGAAUAGGAAUUUUGGGACACGUUGGACUAACAUGGAAAUUAUGGAUUAAAUCAGUGGGUACUGAAUGGCACUUGGAUUAUGUGUUGGGUUUGAAUUCGGACUGGUUCACGCAAAGCAACACAUGGUUUGCUUUCCCAUCAAUUUAGAAGACUUACAGAGAACAUUACAUGGAGACUAGUUGGUCAUGCCAAGGAAGGAGUUACCAUUGCCAGAGGGUUGGGAAGAGGCCCGAGAUUUUGACGGCAAAGUCUAUUAUAUAGACCAUAUAAAUCUAACCACCAGCUGGAUUGACCCGAGGGAUAGGCAGACAAAACCUCUGACUUUUGCCGACUGUAUUGGAGAUGAGCUGCCUGUGGGUUGGGAGGAGGUCUAUGACCCCCAUGUUGGAGCCUAUUAUGUCGACCACAAUACCAAGAGCACCCAGCUGGAGGACCCGCGGGCCCAAUGGCAGCGCGAGCAGGAGGUCAUGUUGCGGGACUACCUCAGCGUGGUCCAGGAGGCAUUGAGCGCCCAGAAGGAGAUCUAUCAAGUCAAAGAGCAGCGACUUCGUCUGGCCCAGCAGGAGUAUCGGCAGCUAAAUGAUGCUUGGCGGGACAAGUCCUCCUCACAGACAAGCUUAAAUUCCAGGUCCUCAUCAAGCAGUAAAUAUGACCCUGAAAUCCUCAAAGCGGAGAUUGUUACAGCGAAAAGCCGGGUAAACAAGCUGAAGAGAGAUUUGGCUUGUAUGAGACAAGAACUGCAGCAUAAGGAGCAAGGCUAUGAGACAUUGAAAGAAAUCGAUCAAAAAGUGUCCAGUUCCUUAAAUGGCUACAAACUGCAUGAAGCCCAGGCCAUCCUGAAGGAGGUGAAGACCAUUAAAGAUGCCAUCAGCUCCGGGGAGAAGGAAAAACAGGAUCUUAUGCGGAGACUGGCCAUGCUGAAGGAUGGUUUUCAGUUAGAUUAUGGUUCUCAGUCUGAUCUGUGGGCCAGCAGUCCUUCCCUGGCCAACUCACACCUCUCUCUGCCCCGCCUGUACUCAGACGCCGAAUCUCAAACGGACGUACCUGUUGAGUUUGUAUCAAACUCAAAUAAACUGGCGGAGAAGGUACGACUGAGCCUGAAAUAUGAGGAAGCAAAAAGAAGGAUUGCAAAUAUCGAGGUCCAGAUUGCCAAACUGGACAGCGAGGCGUGGCCGGGCCUGUUGGACCCGGAGCGGGAUCGCUUGAUCCUCAUCAACGAGAAGGAGGAACUGCUAAAGGAACUGCAGUACGUGAAGCCGUGCAAGCGCGCGCCCAGCGACGCACAGAAGAUCGAGUCGGAGAAGAAACGACUUGAGAAGGAUCUGCAGGAUGCACGGGACAACCAGAGCAAAGCACUGACCGAGAGGUUAAAGCUGCACUAUAAGAGAAGCAAACUAGUGAAGGAACUCGAGGAAACUGUGAGGAUGGCGUCUUCUCUCCACACCCAGCUAAAGAGCCUAUCAGCAAGCACGCUGUCGUGUUCCUCGGGCAGCAGCCGCGGCUCUCUCACCUCAAGUCGAGGGUCCCUGGCCACCUCCAGCCUGGGCUCCACUUCCUCCCUCAGCUUCACCGACAUCUACCUUGAACAGCCAGAGCUCGGCGACCCCGACUUUCAGAACAAACUGGACUCCAUUUUGCAGGAGGGAGGCACCUCAGGCUAUAGGCCGUCCAGCUCCAUCACCACCAUCCAUGAGAACGAGGUCUCCUCCUGCAAGUCGGUCGGCGGGGGGCCGGGGGUGGGCCAGCGAGCCCAAGCGCUGCGGCUGUCGGAGACGCCUCACUCCAUGAGCUCGCUUUCACCGCGUUCCUCUCUAUCUUCUCUCUCUCCUCCUUGCUCGCCCCUUGUCACGGACGCUUCCUUCUUGUCGGGAGAGGCCUUCUCUGGUCCCGCCUCACAGCUGGACUUAGAUCUGCAGACAAGACUGAUGGAGCUAAGGCUCGAUGAGGACAAGCAGCAGGGUCAGCUGGGUUACCAUGACAACAAACAAGACAGCAUCAUGGCCGAGGCCUCAAAAGAUGGUGUUACGCAAACGAGAGUGUCGGGACCCGGAUCAAAGAAGGCGGGAGUAACGUCUGCCGUGUCUGACGAAUCAGUGGCGGGAGACAGCGGGGUGUACGAGCCCUCUGAGAAAAGGCCAGGGCUUCCUGCCGAACAGCUUCUGAGUUUUGAUGACGGGAGCUCGGCGAGCAGUGCUCAGAUCAAACUCGGACUAAAGUAUGAAGUGAAGGAGAAGAGGUUCACAGUGUUAGUCAUCCAGAUCUCCAACUGCAGCGCUCUCUCCCUGCCAGCCAACCAGAACACAUAUGUUCGAGUGGUGGUCCUGCCGUGCUCAGAGCCCGUCCGCUGUCUCUUCCGUACCCGCGGCGCUCUUCAACAAGAGUCCUUAGACUUCAAGGAGGCGUUCGGCCUGCAGAUGUCAUCCACAGCUGUCAGACAGAAGACCCUGCGCAUUGACAUCUGCUCCACCAGCAAAUCUGGCCGUGAAGAAUGUCUAGCCGGAGCUCAGAUCAGUCUAGCUGAUGAGGAGUAUUCAGAGGAAUGGUGCACCAAGUGGUACAACCUCCUCAACUACAUGUACAUGCCAGAUAUGGACAGAAAGCACAAGGAGCAAGAGGCUUCCACGCUGCAAGAGCUGACUUCAGUUCCCAGCAGCUCCGAGAGCUCGGCUGCACAUCUGGAUAACACUCCUCUGGAGGACUGGCCCGCAGAGACUCUAGAGAGUGAUGUGUUUGAGGAUGGAGACAUCAGUGAUGAUGAAGAGGAUGAAGACUUUUAUCCUAAAGACUGUCAGUGGGAGCAGGAGGAGGAACCAGCCAAGCCUGAAACUACACCUGUCAUUACGGAAAAGGUGAAUAAAGAGACCAGUGUGGACGGUCUUCCUCACUCUGUGGUUCGACCAAAAGAGAGACGACACAAAGUCCAUCAGCAAAACCCUUUCAUGCGUGGAAACACCAUCAUCCGCUCCAAGACGUUUUCUCCUGGUCCACAGAGCCAAUACAUCUGCAGGAUCAACCGCAGUGACAGCGACAGCUCCACCCUGUCGAAAAAAUCCCCUUUCAUCCGGAACGCUUCAGAGAGACGCAGCGUUCGAAUGAAGAAGCCGCCGGUGCAGGUCAAAGGUCUGGACGGUCUGCUCCGCACCUCUCUGGAUCUGGAACUGGACCUGCAGGUGACCCGCACGCGACACAACCGUCUGAACGAGGAGCUGCACGUGCUGCGAGAGCUGAAGAAAGCGCUGGAAGAGGCCCGACAGAAGGGCCAGCACACCCUUCCGGCGUGGGUGCAGGAGGAUGAGCGCUUCCGACUGCUGCUCAAACACACAGAGAGACAGACACAAGAAGAGCAGCUACAAGAACAGAGGGUGGAGAAGAUGAUGCGAGCAGCCGCUAAAGAUGUGCACAAGAUCCGCGGGCAAAGCCUCAAAGAGGUCCCCGGGGUCCAGUCUUUCAGAGAAAAGAUGGCCUUCUUCACUCGAGCGAAGAUAAACGUUCCUGACCUACCAGCCGACGACGUGUAGAGGAUCUCAAGUAUUUUUUGGUCUGAACUGCUGUUUCCAUGGAAACAAAACUGACAUCUGGUGGUGUUAUGAAGAACUGCGUGACAGAAAGUGUACGUUGGGCAAGACAUUUUAAACACUGGGUUUUAACUCUCGGAGCUGAAAGUGUGUUGAUCCAUGUGUCUUAUUCCUUCUUUUAAGCUAGUUUUCUUUUCUUUCUUUUUUUGACUCUCAUUGCGUUCUGUUACUAAUAAGAAUAUGUCUGUAUGUGUACUAGGUGUUUUAGGGGUCAUUUGAAAAUGAAAUAAGUAGGGCUGGUAAACGAUUAAUCGCGAUUAAUCGCAUCCAAAAUGAAAGUUUGUUUGCAUAAUAUAUGUCUGUGGACAGUUCCUAUUUAUUUUGUAUUUAUAAACACACACACAUACAUGUAUAUACUGUAUUUAGGAAAUAUACAUAUGUGCAUAUAUUAAUAUUUCAACAUUUAUUGAUUUUCUAUUUUUUUUUUCAUAAAUGCAUACACCUUGUAUGUACAGUGUGUGUUUAUAAAUACAAAAUAACAUGCAUAGUACACGGCCAUACAUGUUAUGUAAACAAACUUUUAUUCUGGAUGCGAAUAAUCGCGAUUAAUCGUUUGGCCCUAGAAAUAAGAUUGAAAAAUGCUGCUCUGCCGACCAGGCAUGACUGCGCACUGUUAAUGAUGUGAAUACAGUAAUUUACGGUACUACUUCUGUCUUUAGCACAAGGCUUCAGAAAUCUGUAUACAACAAUGUUGCAAUGACGACACGAAUGCUCAUAAAUCCUGCUUUUAUUCUGUCCACGCUUAUGUUAGAUAGUCUGAGGUUUUUAUUUUGCAAACGUGUAAACGGUUAGCCAGCAUGAAACUAAAGCAUGACAGUAACAUGACCGCUUAGUAGAUUAAGUAGAUGGCUAACAGCUCUCCGAAAAUGCAAACAAAACACACCUUUGGCGCAAAACGUUCGUAAAAUGAUGUAGAAACUGCACUUAGUUCCACGGACUCUCAGGUAGAACAUCAGAUAGUUAAUGCACUUUAUUAGACAUCAGAUAUCAAGUCAUCAAUGUAGAGAAUGCAAAGAUGAUGUUGUCUCAUUUAAGAGAAGCUCUUCUUGUAUAUUUAUAUACAAAGAGAAUCUUUUGACGUUUGUUAACUCCCCAUUAUUUAACCUGCUAUGUUCACAGAUUAGAUGUCACCUAAGAUAAAUACAGACCUCUUGUCCCAACAAUAGGUUCACUUUAGUAUAUAAGCACAAGUGUAACUGUAGUUUAUGUGACUAAUAAUCUGUCAGUGAGUUGGAAAAGAGUAAGCAAAAGCUGCAACAAUUCUCAAAGCACAAUAUCGAAGAAGUCUGUGCAGUUGCGUGAAUCCGCCAUCAAACCAAAAAUGAUUUUGCAUAGAAUGUAGAAAAUAAAUUAUUUUUAGGACCAUUAAAAUCUUUGCGUUGUGACAUGAUUGUAAUGACAGCUAAGCAAACUUACCCCAGAAGACACAUGAAUAGGGCAAACAUUUGAAUGUGGAAAAGACAUAUUUCAGUAAUACUGUAAAAAAAGUUUUUUAAUUAAACUCUGCAUAAAAUAAAGUCAUAGCAUAUGCAUUAAUAGAUUUAUUAAUAAAGACAUUUAAUACAAACAAAUUUUCUCGUAUACUUUUGCAAUACAGUAGGCAUGCAAGUAAUGUCACAAUGCAAAAAAUGGGCCUAACAAUUGACAUCCAUUUUGGACUAAAUCAUUUUUUAGACAAUUCGAGAAAGAUUCACUCGUUCAUGAAUCAAAUAAAAAGCAACCAGCUAAAAUCUAGAAAACUGGAACAUCAUCAUCUCAACACAUCUAGGUCACUGCAAAGGCACAGUUCAUAACUCCCAGCUCUCUCUGUAAACACUUAAUAAUGCAUCGCGCCUCGCUGCAGAGAUCCCUGAGCAUAACGUUUGCUGAUAUAUGAAAGAAUCGUGGCAUUUAUGUUAUGUAAAUGAGCACUCCCACUAUACCAACAUUGAUUUUCUCUCGGCAUCUGUUUAUUCACAUUCAGAAUGUUCAGUUUAAUAUUAUUCAAGUAUUUUGACAAUAGAUGAGUGUGAAUGUUACUGCGCACCGUGUUUUCCGAUUCUUUUUAGGGUUUUAUCUACAAGAGUGAAGUUGGAUGUUUAAAUGUAGCACUUUAAAAAUGCCCCAGUCCACACAAUCUAUUAUUGAUACAGAAAUACAUUACUUGUCUUUGUUUUAGCCUAAUGCCCAUUAACACAGAAAUCAGUGGCAAUAAAAGCCAGAUUACAUGGGUUUUGUCCACAUUUUAACGUUAAAUUUUGCAUUUGAUCUUUAUUACGUAUUACGCAAAAGUCUUGGUGCAGUUUAUGGGCCGUGCUCACAAUAUUUUCUGUUUUGCAUUCAUUUUCAGUACCGCAUCCUAAUACGUUCUUGUUCCUCUUGAGAGCCUGCGGUGCUGUUUUUAUUGGCCUUGUUCUACAAGAAAACAUCAACGGAUGUACUGUCUUUGCCCAACCUUAGAUCAGCUAUCAGUGUUUGAGUAAUAUAGAGCUGACAGCAAAGUUUGUUUUAUCUAAUUAAAGCAAUAAUAAUAAUAAAACAUUCGUGUUGCAUAAAUAAACUGGAGUCGAAAAACAGAGCCGUGACGUAUAUUUAUGAUGAAAGUCCUACAGAAUUUAAAAUCCAGUAAGGGUUACUGGUCCAAAAAUUCUAGUCUCUUGCUCCACCAAGUGGUACAAAAUACAAACAGAUCUGAAUGUCUAUAUCUAUGAAGUUCAUACUGAGCUUGAUUCAAUACGAAAAAUAGAUUUGUAUUUUUAUUGAAAAUUCGAUGUCAUGAUUUAAAAAAUGACAUUAACUGAAUCCCUCUGAGCUGCAUAUUUAUUUUUAUAUGAUGGAAUACUAAAAAACAACAUAAAAGACCCGACUAAAAUGCCGUCCCAAAGCCUUACGUUAGCCAAAUAUCUAUACUACACUAAUUUCUUUCACGUUAAAGCCUCACAGUUUUUUUCUGUUGCCUGUUUCUUGUAGUUUAUGUCAGUUUAUUAGAGUAUCUGUGCUUGUUUCUAAUUUUAUUGUUUUCACAGUUUAGACUCAGUAAUAAACAUUGCCAAACGUAAAGACUCCUGUCGGCUUCAUCCUAGCUCAUCUCAGUUUAUUAAUGUGCUGUUUGAUGUGAAGAUUUCUCACAUGGGCAUUUUUAAUCGAGGUACAUUUUUAUUAUUUUGAAUCUUUCAGAUUUUCACACGUUUUAUCAUUUUCUUUCAUUUGAAUGUGAGAGAUACAGUGUGUCCCCUUAAAAUAUGAUGUACAGUACGUGUGUAUGUAAUGCUGUAGAAUGUAAACAUUUUACCUGGAAACACUACGAUUUAUGUUCUUCUGAGAGUGCUCGAACAAGAGAAAAGAAGUCUUAUGUUGUCAUUGGUCAUUAUAGUGUACAAUAGUAUGCCAUCUCUGCGUAUGGUUGGAGAGAUUUGUAUUUCUUAGGUGCUCUUUAACUACCAAUUUUCAUACAUACAUCAUGUAAGAUUUGUUAUGAUUAAUCAAUAGGUGAAAACGCUGUCAGUAUCUGAUGCUGGUAGUCAUGAAUGAUUUGUUGUGUAUCGUUCACAGUAGGACUUUUAUUUUGGAAGCUCCAGUUCAUUUUUUGAAAAUCUUGUUAUGAUGAUGAAACAACCUGAUCUGAUCACAGAGAUGGUUUGAGAAGUACAGCUUGAAUUUAUUGCACUUUUGUGAUUUGGGUUUUCUGUCUUUUUUUCUUGUGAGACUUCUGAAAGCUGUGAAUUUUAUCAUCGACACUGUACUGUCAACAAGAUUUGUAAAUAUAUCACCAGCACAUGAAUAUGUUUUGUAGUUUCACAACAAAUAUAAAAAGUUCCUCUCUUCUAA